ACAGGAAACUAAACCUCCACAAUUUUACAAAGUCAGUUUCUUGAAUUGGUUACUAUGGUGGCUGCAAUCAUGUUAUGAUUGCCUCAUGUAACUGUCCGAUUACAGCCAACUGUCCGAUUACACUGUCCGAGUACAACUUUGCAGAAAAAUUAGAGCAAAAUACACCAGUUUAUGCACCAAUCACAUGUGAGGAAAUUGUAAUUGUUAUGAUUAAUGAAGGAAUCGGUCUGAGCGAGUUCUUUUUUAUCGAUUUUAUGCUUAGACUAAAAAAAAGUAAUUAAAUACGCCUCGUGGAACUGUUGAGCUGUUUAAGGCAUAUUUAGCAGACGGAUUAAUUUAUGUUGUUGUAGACAUUCAUAAAACUAGUAACACGAUUAUGGAUUAAAUCUGCAAAACGCCGAGGGUUAAUUUGACUGGAAAACGUGAAGCACAGUAACCAUCAAACAGCUUUUUCACGACGUUGAUAACUUGUUCAGAAAACCUAAACAAAUUAGUGCUCUUUAACAAGGCCGCUCUCUCGUUCUCUCUCUUAACUUAGUAUUCAAACGCAGCGUUCAAAACAAACAGAUAAUAUUCAACUGUGCUUUUGUUUGAUUAAAAAGUAAACAAAACUUUUUCACGCCUUAAGCUAACUUUUGGCGUUCUUGGCUGGCGCUCGUGAAAUGUAAACUGUUACCAAGGUUUUCAGUGUGUUCGAGUGGUAUGCAGUGGGUUCAAGUCAACAAACGCAAACCUGGAUGUGUUAUGAAUAAUUUGAGCUCACCUUAGUGAGUCAAGCACAUUACAACUGCACAUGGCUUUCGACGUAAAUUCAGCAAGGCAAAAGUUUCGAAGUACUACGAAAACACUGGCAUUUUACGGAGCGGUUUCUCCAAGCGCGAGCUGGAAUCGCGUCACAAAGAUAACUCUGUAUGACGUUUGCGGAGACACGCGAGCGAUAAAACCCAAAUGAUUUGAAAAUAUUGCGCGAACGGCUCAAUGUCUGACGGCGCUAUGAGUCCGGUUAUACAAGAACCUGAAGAGCCUUCACCAAACAGCUCGAUAUUGUUCGACAGUGAUUCGUCUUGUGCUUCUUUGGGAGUUGCACAAAAUACAGCGGCAACGGGAGAAAACGGUUCGGUUGAAAGCAUGGCCUAUCACGAGGAGCUUUUCUCGGCAUCCGACACAGAAGCAGAUUCGGCGAUUUCAAUCGUGAAAUGUCUGAACAGCGCUUCCCCUUCGUCUUCGCUUGUUACCCGUCGCAAUGACAAUUCCGCCAUAAUAAGACUCAACAACGAGUUGCUAAAAGCCAAGCGAAGUAACUGGGAGGUCGUGGAUGCCCUGGGAAAGGCAUAUCAAGAUAUCAAGGAUUUGCGUUUGCGAGAGCAGAGAUUGAAUGCUGUCUUAUCGAAUUGCAGCAGCAAACUCGGCGGUACAAACGGGUUUACUGAAAGCCUGGCGUUACCGGAUAGCAAAAUUAUUGAAUUGCAGCUAGCGCUAAGGAGAGAGGAAGCUGUUAAAACGAGAGAAGAUUUGCGAGCGCUGAUAGAAGAACGGGAUGAACUAAAAGAGAAACUGGGUAGGAGUGAAAGUGAUCGACGUUUGGUGUCUUUUACCAGAGAUCAGCGCGAGAGAGAAUUGGAACUUUCUCAGAGCCACAUUAGCGACUUAGCAGCUAAUAUCAAAGAGAAGGAUGAAAAGAUAUUAUCCGUUCAAGACAAGUUGAUUGCCUUUGAGAAGGAAAUGAAAGCCAAAGAGGAAGAACUUUGUAAAAUACUCGACGAGAAGAAUACCUUGCGAGAGGCUGUUAUUCGGAGCGAACAAGAGAUAGAAGCGCUUUCAGAGAAACUUCAAAACGUUUUGCUUUCAAAAGAAGAAAAUGCAAAGCGCUUAUUUAAGAACGCAGGUCAAUCGUUGGGAAUCCAAAGUGUUGACCCCGCAGGGAAAGUCCUCAGGCUAAAUGGGGAACAAGUCCUGGUAGAGGACACAAGACUUGCGAAAGAGCUUCGUUAUUUUGAGUCAAGACAUGAGGAAGACGUGAAAGUGAUCCACGAAUUGAGUUCGCAGCUUAAAGAGUGGGAAAGCAUUGUGAAGUCCAUGAACGACUACGUGCAAGAUACGAACCAACAGCAGUUAGAGGCCAGAAAAGAAAUUGCUGAUUACGUGAAAAUGCUCGAGCAAAGGCUGCGGGAAGUGAAGAAGGGUAGAAAAGUUUCUGUAAAAGAACAAGGUCACUCUGUACAAGGGAAUCACCGGGAUUCUACGAAAGCCACCCAGCAACACGAUACUAUACAUGAGAACAUGACAGAUGACUGCCAACAGCCUGCUCAAGUCGAAGAGCUGAACCAAUCAGCAAAUGUGAACUUUGAAGAUUAUUUGAAAUGUUCUUCUGAAUACGAGGAAGAGAGUGCUUUGAAAGAUGAUUUGAGGGACCACGACCCAUUCACUGCGGAAUUUGAGAACACUGUUGAGUCGGAAGAUAUAAGCUUCGAUGAUUGUCUUCAGUCUUCUGCUGGAUAUCUUGUUCAACCUGAUGAGGUGCGGAUGGCCAGGGUAGCAUGUAUAGAAGGAUUUGUAGCUCAAAGUCCUGAAAUGACAACAUGUAUCUCGAGGGACUCGAACACUCGUGUUGAACGACCAGCUAGAAGAACGAGCUCUGGGAAAAGGCGAAAACUGCCACAGGUUACCAGGAAAAUGAGUCUUGAAAGUGAGCGCAGCACCUACAGCGCGACCUCCCAAUCUGAUGAAACUCUUUCAAUUACGUCAUUUGAAUCGCAAGUGUCACGUGGUACAACAGACAUGCGUAGAGUGUCUCGUGGAGGAUCAGGUCGGCGUCUCCCCCCAGUCCCCAGCGAAGAAGAAAUCAACUUGCAUGGAAUUAAAGCGGAUGUUUCCACCGACAAACCUGUAUCGCAGCUACCUGGAGUGACGUCUAUUUAUCAGAAGGCGCCAGCGUACCCCAAUAGUCACCGGCAAGAUUCUGGACUCGGCGAUAGCGUGAAUAAUUCCCCCGCCCUUCCAGGUCACAAGUUCAGCAUCAGCAAAUUGAGGCGAAAAUUCAGCAAAGAAAAGAUGAAUCCAGGUCCACAAGACCUGGAUGGUAACAGUACACGCGGCUCCAAAAAAGGACUUUUUCAGGGGAAGCUUUGUUUAGGGAAAACAAGGAGGCGUAGAAAUUCAGUUGGUACAAUGAGUAGCGUUUCGGACAGUUUCAGAACAGUGACCCCCCUGAAUAGUGACGAAGAGGGUGCGGCUGGUUUUGCAGACGAAUCCUUUGACGAGGGAAGUCUUCCUUCGUCUAUAAAAACGUCGACACCAAAGAAAGGAAACAAAUUAAUGAACAAAGGUGGUGCUGCUCGUCAGUCCAAACUCAUCACGGCCCAGCGCAGGAGAGCUGCUUUGUUGCUUGUAUUUCAACACCUGAAUCCAGUUGAACUGUGUGGCCUGGCGCGAGUGUGUCGUGAAUGGUGCGGAAUGAGUGAACUUCCCGCGCUGUGGAAGGAAGUGACACUGGAAGAGAUACCGCUGAAUAAUAUGGCGCUGCAGGCCAUUUCUAGAAGAUGCAGUCGCGUGCAAUUUUUAAAGCUUAAAGGGCUGAAGAAAAUCAAAUCAAGAGAGACAAGCCAUACGUCGACUGCUACAGAAGAUAAGCGUUGUUAUUUAGAGAGAGGACUGGAGUUUCUUCUGAAGUCUGCUGGGUCAAGCCUGUUGAGUCUGCACGUUGAGGACUGCGGUGUCUUUAUUACGGACAGGUGUUUGUCCCUAGCAGGUUGUCACUGCAGAGAAUUACAGCAGAUGGUUUACAUAAGUGAUUCGUUUCCUGCUUGCCCUGAGGCAUUGUGGGCUUUGUGGGCGUGUCGAAAGCUUGUCACACUUCGAGUACCGCCAAUGUUUCCAUGUGAUCAUCCUGGACGGUUUAAUGACAAGAGUCUGGAAACGAUUGCAAACUGCUGGCCAAACAUGCGCCAUCUGUCAGUAGGCGGCCCCAGUCUCUCCUCGGCAGGACUUAUUCAUAUCGCCAAGGGUUGCCUGAGACUUCAAGAGCUGGAGCUUGAUCGAACAAUUGCGAUUAGUGAAGAAAUCGCCCAUGCCAUGUGUCUAUGUGGACUAAGAGGCCUGGAAACUAUCUCUUUUACCUUUACCCCAGUCUCUCCCGGUGCCAUCAAGGAACUACUCGGUGCUUGUCCAAGGUUAGAACGCAUCGAAGUGCACAUUGGGAUAUCAGAUUACCUCAUGAAUGUGAACGAUGACGUCAGUAAAAGAAAAUACUCGCGCAUUGUCAAGAAACUUGCGGCUUUGAAACAAGAAAACCAAGAAUUUGCUAGAGUCCUUUGGAUAAAAGCAGAUUAUGGAUGACUUUUUACCGUGUUAACCGGCCUACCGGUUUUCAAAAGACAAAGAAGCUAUUAAUGCAGAAACGCGAAACAAUAUGGAAAAUAUAUUUAUAGAAUUAUAGAAUUUACAAAAAUGGCAUAUUUAUACACAUUUUCGUUCUGCAAUAAAUUAUCUCAUUCUUGGAAAAUUUGCCUUUUCUAGGUCACUACUUCAACGUAGACUUUCUAAAAGGCCUUUCCAAUAAUAUUUCCAUUGUUAGUUUCUCCGUUGGAAAGGUCGACCUUUCGCGACUUUGUCGCUCGCGCUCGCGCAUUCGUCGCUCAAAGGUUUUCGUCGCGCGAAGAUUACCCUCUCGCUUCGCUCGAGGGAGACAAGUAAGUCAAGGAUAAAGACAAGGUCGACUCGUGGCAAGUCUAUUUGAACGCUACAUACUUGAUUCAGUAGGCGUGACGAUGAGCAACAUAAACGCGCACCUUCCAAAUCAGAAUAGCCAGUCCACAUCUGUUAUUAAUUGUUUUUGCUGCGAGUUAUAUUCAUAUCAAACUUUGUCUAUUUUUGUGGUUUAAAUUUUUUAAGACAAUAAGCUUUUUGUUGUUUGCGCGAAAAAGGGAAAUACAUUGAAACUUCGACAGCCCGCGCGUCAUGAAACAAAUUUUUCCUUCCGUACCCCCGGUAAAAUUGUCGUUGUUCUGAGCGAAAUUUCCCUUACCCCACCCCGAGAAGGGUGAUAUUGUCAACAUCUGGUCGUCAACGAAGAUUUUGAAUCUCGCGCUCGGAAAUUUGCUACGCGUCGGUUCUUUCAAACGUUUGUUCUAGAAACAAAGGAGCCUCAAAGCUGCAAACAAAAAUGCCCACAAAAGAAAGUUAAUCCCAGAGCCAUUGUCUACCAAAGAUUAAA